AUCUUCCGGUUAGCCAAAAUGGCGCAAGGUUCGCGCAAGUUUAAAGCUCAACGUCCUGGACCUGCGAAAAAACAACAACAGAACAAACAGAAGGGACCAAAGAAAGGAGGGAGGAUCAUUGCGCCCAAGAAGGCUCAAGUGAUUCAACAACAGAAGCUCAAGAAGGGUCUGGAAGUCGCCAUCAGGAACAAGAUUGAACAUGAUGUGACCCAGAAGGCGAGCUCAUCCCUCCACAAGCCCCUCAGUGUGGUCAAAGGCGCUAAGGGCAAAAGCAACCCAGGAGCCCCUCGACCAGGAAGCAGCUCCAAAUAGGAUGGGAUACAAUGGACAUAGAUGAACAUUAUGACUCUACAGGAAACAAAAUUCUUUAAAUCUUAAGUGUCAGGUUACUGCAUCUUAACAGUGACCACAGGUAUGUUGAUGUUGCUGACAGCUGCCUCAAUUCUCUGUUCUCUUCAGUUACAAAAAAAUUUAAAUAUGAGGUUUUGUAGCGGGAAAUAUCAUUUUUUUUAAUGUUAGCAAUAGUUAGAUGGUAUGAUUAUAUGAUAUAUGUUAUAUGAUAGUUAUAUGACCUGCAAACUCAAAAUGUAUGAACAAGAAUGUCCAGAUUCUUAACAGGCAACUGAGAUCUUGUCAGCACACAUUAAAUGAUAAAAGAAAACUCUUACUCUUAAAAUACUGACUUGUUUGUCAUUUCCUGUCAGUGGUUUCCAAUAAUCAUUUUAUAUCUCCAAAUGAACACACAAUCACUACACAUACUAUUGAACUAAAACUAUUGGUUAACUCCAAUCACAUUAUUUUUAUUCCGGGAUCUAGCCAUCCAUUUUCUAUAGUGGCCAUCAUUAGUGUCAGGGCUGAGCCUGUAGUGUACCAGCUGACUUCAGCCAGGGUACCGAUACACCCUGGGCUGGUCACUGGUCAAUUGCAG